UAGAGGCCGUCUUGGGACUGGAGCUGCCUGGUGGCUACGCGGGUGCCAGGCAGUACGGAGAUGUGGGGGCCCGUCUUCCGCUUAGGAGCACAGAGGCUGUCAGGUGUCGCAGAUGAACGGGGCUGCUCAGGCUGAAAUGCAAAGGAACAAUAAGCCCAAAUGAGUGCGAGCCUGCUUGGGCACCAUGGCCCUUGCUGUGCCCUCUGCAACUGACCAGCUUGUCAGCCCCAGCCCUGUUCUUGACCUAAUCGGUGCAGACAGGGCCCAGUCAGGAACAUCUUAUCCUCCAGGCCCACCCUACCUAGACCCAGUCUCUUUCUCUCCUGAUCCCUCCCAUCCAGCACUGACCCUGCCUGGCCUCCAGAGGUGCUCCAGAUGGAGGGACAGACGGACAAAUGGAGACUUGCUUGAGGAAACAUGUGUUUCCCUAGGGUGAGGGGCUCACGACCUGUGCUCAGGGCCCUUCCCUUGUACAGUGUUCUCUGAGAGCAUAAUUGACAGUGGCUGUAGGGGGAGCUUUAUUAACAAAGCACUGAACGUUUGGGUUCAGUGACUGCUCCCUGUAACACCUGUUACUGUGAUGGGUGACACAGCACAGAUGUCUUCAGCUCAAUGUCAGUCAUUCCUCGGAGUAGAUAGAUUCCUACGAGUGGAAGCGCCCCGUCAAAGAUCGUAGUGUCUUGUAUGGAUGUGAUAUGUAUUCCAGGUGCUGUCUGGACAGUGCCUGGGACCUUGCUGGCAAUGAGCAUCAAAGACUUCCAACAUCAGACCUCAGCAGUGUUUAUUUCAGGUUCAGUCUUCUGUGUAUAGACUCUGGGGUCUUAAGAUGUUCAUUACAUGGGCAUUUUUCUAUCAUUGCACUAAUUUUUCUUGUUUUUGUUUUAUAAAGUUUCUAUACUCGUACAUGUCUGUCCACAACACUCGUUGCAAUCUUUGUUCCCAAUUCGUAGUCUGCCUUUGAGUAUUUUUUUUUUCAACAGGUACUAGAAUCUGUUAAUUUCUUCUUUGGUUGGUACCUUCCUUUGUUUUUAUAGUUGGAAAGUCAUUCCUAUACAACAAAAUAAAAUCAAAUCAGGAAUUGUUUAAAAUGGAAGACAGUGCCCAGUUCCAGGGGAAAGGCGCUCCAGGACAGAGUCGCAACAGCUCUGAAGCUCAGAAACCCCCGGACGAGGCUUCCCACGAUGCCUGUGAAGCUUCCAGAGCCUCUGGUCUCAGGAGUGGGCUUGGGUGGGGAAGCUACUUUUCAGCUGGCUGCUGGCCUCCUGGGGGCAGCAAGAGUCCAGGCCUCAUUCCGCCCCACACUUCCUGACAGGCCCAAGACAGCUGUCCCAAUUCUGUGAGCUCAGGGAACCUCAGUGUGACACCUCCUUAGCCUGUUGCUUGUCUGGGCCUAGGCGUCCCACCUGUAAAAUGGGAGCAUUCACAGGGUUAAGGAAGGGCCCAGCCCAGGUAGGGCCCAACAAUGGCAGGCCUCUUCACAAUGGUUUCCAGGCAACAGGGACUCCUCUCAGGGAAGGGAGUCAGACACUGAAAGGGGCUGGAGCCAUCAAAGGCGCUAUUGAGGCAAGAUGACAGCUACUCAGAAACACAACCUCUUCACGCCAGAACCUCACUAUAUCCCUGGCUAUGCCGGCUUCUAUCCGCAACUGCGCUACCAGGUGGGGAACACCUAUGGGCGCACCACAGCGCAGCUGCUCACAGACCCCGGCGUGAGGAAGAGCCCCUGCUCGGUGUUGUCCCCCAUAUCCAAGCCCAGGUUCAUCGAGGACUUCAGCAAGUCCAAGCCACCUUUGAUCCCCUGCCGCGACCUGACUGAGCCCUACAUCCCCCACUACACCGGUCUGAAGCCCUACGAGAACUUUGAGAUCCUGGGCCGGUUCCCACCCCAGGAGGUGAAUGCCCAGGAGGGGCCAUCGGGGGCAGAGAACGCAUCCAGGCAGGUCCUGCGGCCUGCAGGCUUCAUGCCCUACCCCCCUUACCCUCCGUGCCCACCAGGCAGGAAGGGGGACUCCAGAGACUUUGGACACCCAGGCCUGCGGCUGGCAUACGGUGAGGAAGGCUGGAAGAGCACCACCCCUGUCCACGAGGCCCCUGCGCAGGCCCAGCUAUACCACUGCAGGAGGGAUGAACACCCACCCCCAGCCCACCAGCAGGAGACAUCAGAUGUGGGCAGGUUUCACAGGCUGCCCCAGCUGGACCACCCCAACCUGACCCAACGCAAAGCCAUCUCAGGCUAUGCUGGCUUUGUCCCUCGCUUUGCCUGGGUGAUGGGGGUGAAUUACUGCGAUGGUGUCACACAGGCUAUGGACGAGUUUGACAAGAAUCAGUUCCUGAUCAAAAAUCCCAUCUGUGCCCUGGGUGAAAGGCUGCCCAGAACACACUGGCCCAGCAACACCAUCUAUAACAGCAAGGGCCUGAUACCUUUCUACAUGGGGUUUAUACCAUCCAUGCAAGACAACUACGCGAUGACGUUUGGCAACAGCACCCGCAGAGCCUAUCAGAAGGAACUGGAGAGGCGAGACCAGACACUAUGAAAAUGCUUUAAUGGUGGCGUCUGUACAGCAUGUGACGUCAAGACAAGGAAAAGAGCAAGUGCACACAGAGACAUGGCUAUCAGAGAACAGACCGUGAGCGAAUAAAGAGUUCA